ACACACGUGCAGUAUCUUGUACCUCCCGCUACUCCUCAGCGUAUCACUGUCCGGUUAUGCUAGGUCUGUUUAGCUAACUCUGUUUCAUUUAUGUGUCGUCUUUAAGUUUGACCACAUGUCAAAUAAAACCGUGAAACGUCCAGGAGUUGGGGUCGGGGUGCUGGUGACAGACUCAGCCCACCCAGGGUGUGUUCUCCUGGGGAAGCGGAGAAGCGCGAUGGGCAGAGGGACGUACCAGCUCCCCGGUGGCCACUUGGAGUUUGGAGAGACGUGGGAGGAGUGUGCUCACAGAGAGGUGCUGGAGGAAGCAGGGGUGCGUUUGUUCAACGUGUGCUUUGCGUCAGUGGUGAACUCCAUCAGACUGGAGGAGCAGUACCACUAUGUCACCAUAAUCAUGCAAGGGGAGCUGGACAGGGAGCAGUCAGGAGAGCCGGAGAACCUGGAGCCAGAGAAGAACGAGGGGUGGACGUGGACGCGGUGGGACCAGUUUCCUCCAGAGGAGCAGCUCUUCUUGCCGCUAGCCUGUCUGAGACAACAAGGCUUCCAGCCAUUCAGGAACACAAACACAAGCACUGAAACUGAACUUUGAAACGGACUGUUAUAUCAGGAAACUUUUAUAUGAUAAAAUAGACAUACCUCCUCAAAACUCAACCUCUGAUGAAACAAAUAAAAUGCAAUUUGGAUGGGA